CCACAUGCUGACUACAGGCAGCACCGCUGUGUCUGAGGACCACAUACUGACUACAGGCAGCACCGCUGAGGACCACAUACUGACUACAGGCAGCACCGCUGAGGACCACAUGUUGACUACAGGCAGCACCGCUGAGGACCACAUGCUGACUACAGGCAGCACCGCUGAGGACCACAUACUGACUACAGGCAGCACCGCUGAGGACCACAUGCUGACUACAGGCAGCACCGCUGUGUCUGAGGACCACAUACUGACUACAGGCAGCACCGCUGAGGACCACAUGCUGAUUACAGGCAGCACCGCUGAGGACCACAUACUGACUACAGGCAGCACCGCUGAGGACCACAUGCUGACUACAGGCAGCACCGCUGAGGACCACAUACUGACUACAGGCAGCACCGCUGAGGACCACAUGCUGACUACAGGCAGCACCGCUGAGGACCACAUACUGGCUACAGACAGCACCGCUGUGUCUGAGGACCACAUACUGACUACAGACAGCACCGCUGAGGACCACAUGCUGACUACAGGCAGCACCGCUGAGGACCACAUACUGACUACAGGCAGCACCGCUGAGGACCACAUGCUGACUACAGGCAACACUGCUGUGUCUGAGGACCACAUGCUGGCUACAGGCAGCACCGCUGAGGACCACAUACUGACUACAGGCAGCACCGCUGAGGACCACAUACUGACUACAGGCAACACUGCUGUGUCUGAGGACCACAUGCUGGCUACAGGCAGCACCGCUGAGGACCACAUACUGACUACAGGCAGCACCGCUGAGGACCACAUACUGACUACAGGCAGCACCGCUGAGGACCACAUGCUGACUACAGGCAGCACCGCUGAGGACCACAUACUGACUACAGGCAGCACCGCUGAGGACCACAUACUGACUACAGGCAACACUGCUGUGUCUGAGGACCACAUACUGACUACAGGCGGCACCACUGUGUCUGAGGACUAACAACAUGAAUAGGAACUAAUAUAGGAGGCAUUAUGAAAAUUAUUCAAGGUUCCAUUUUUAAAAAAGCUUUAAAAAAAACGAAGUCUGGGAACUUUGUUUUGCUGCUAUUUGUCUUUAUCAUCAUUAUAACAUGUUGUUGUGUCUGUCUCUCCCAGGCUAGGGGUCAGAGGGUCAUGUUGUUGUGUCUGUCUCUGCCAGGCUAGGGGUCAGGGGGUCAUGUUGUUGUGUCUGUCUCUGCCAGGCUAGGGGUCAGGGGUCAUGUUGUUGUGUCUGUCUCUGCCAGGUCAGGGUCAGGUGUCAUGUUGUUGUGUCUGUCUCUGCCAGGUCAGGGUCAGGGGGCCAUGUUGUUGUGUCUGUCUCUGCCAGGUCAGGGUCAGGGGGUCAUGUUGUUGUGUCUGUCUCUGCCAGGUCAGGUGUCAUGUUGUUGUGUCUGUCUCUGCCAGGCUAGGGGUCAGGGGGUCAUGUUGUUGUGUAUGUCUCUGCCAGGUCAGGGGUCAUGUUGUUGUGUAUGUCUCUGCCAGGUCAGGGGUAAUGUUGUUGUGUCUGUCUCUGCCAGGCUAGGGGUCAGGGGGUCAUGUUGUUGUGUCUGUCUCAGCCAGGUCAGGGGUCAUGUUGUUUUGUCUGCCUCUGCCAGGUCAGGGUCAGGGGGCCAUGUUGUUGUGUAUGUCUCUGCCAGGUCAGGGUCAGGGGUCAUGUUGUUGUGUCUGUCUCUGCCAGGUCAGGGGUAAUGUUGUUGUGUCUGUCUCUGCCAGGCUAGGGUCAGGGGUCAUGUUGUUGUGUCUGUCUCUGCCAGGCUAGGGGUCAGGGGGUCAUGUUGUUGUGUCUGUCUCUGCCAGGCUAGGGGU